AUAAAACGCAGCCCUCCCAGCUCUUGCAAUCGAACCCAACAGUAUCAUCUCUGCAGCACCUUCACAGACCAACCGCCAACAUGUCUGACCCGCCUAGAGCUCCCUACGACCCCGAGUUCGACCCUCUGCUGGGCCUGAAGCAGCUCCAUCUGGCCGACCCCGAGGCCGACGAUGCCGGCCCCCCAGGGGCAUCGCGCGCUCUCAACAACACCCAGUCCCACCACCUCCGCACCUGGGAGGCCCUCGUCCACAACAUCUGCGCGACUCUGGGCCGGGACUACAUCCGCAAGGACCUCGCGUGGAUCAGGACCCCGGCCGCGCUAGCCACCCUCGUGUCGCACCUGGGCAUCCAGCGCACGUCGUCCCGCGCCGCGCUCGCCUUCGUCUCGACCGUCCCGUCCCUGGCCCACCUCGAGGCCCUGGUGGGGUCGCUGCAGCGCGACACGCCCGGCCCCACGGCGCCCGCCACCUGGGCUGCCGAGAGCGAGAGCCGCAUCGCGAAGCUCGAGCGUCAGCUCCGCGGCCGCCAGGACCGGCUGUCCUCCUCGGCGGCGGGGCACGCGUCAAGCCAGACGACGCCGUACGAGAGCUCCCAGCGUAUGCGCGCCGAGUGCGAUGGCUGCGACGACGCCACAGGCUCCUGCCUCGUGGCCCUGUGCGGCACCGAGCUGGCGGAGCUGGACGAGCCGGGCUGGACCAUCGUCUGGGGCCUGCUUUUUAGCGCCUUCGAGUGCUCCGACAGCAACGAGAUUAUACGGCUCUGUAAGGCGCUGCAGCGCAUGUGCAACAGGAUCGCGAUCGUGAACCGCUACGUCGCACAGCAGGGCAGCUGCGGCUACUGCGGCGCCUCGAUGGACGCGGAUCUGCGCGCCCUGGUCGUCAGCGGCCUGGCUGGGCUUCUAGUCAACCUGGUGGCGGCGGGGCGCGGGACUCCGGUCGCGUCUCUGUUUGAGCGUCGCCUCUCGACCUUUGAGCAGCAGCUCGAGGUCGCCACCGCCCGGGCAUCGACGCUCCUGAUGGCAAGCGCUGCGAACGUGCCAGAGCCCGUCAACUCUCGGGUCUGCCCUGGGUGUGGAUCUACUGAGCCCGAGCCCCUUGAGGUGUCUGAAGCCGCCAGCCUGCCCCGUUCAGGCUCAUCAAGCCCCCUUGACGAGGCUGGAGCCUUUGUGGUCAUCCCCUGA